UUCCCAUCACACUCCAAACGACACUUUCUCAUUAAACUACAAGAGAGCUGAAAAAACAAAGAUGGGUGACAUUGAGGGAUCCCCAGGAAGCUCCAUGCAUGGAGUGACAGGCAGAGAACAAACCUUUGCCUUCUCAGUAGCCUCACCAAUGGUCCCAACCGAUACGACUGCGAAAUUCGAUUUGCCUGUUGAUUCUGAACACAAGGCAAAAGUGUUCAAGAUUUUCUCAUUUGCUAAUCCUCACAUGAGGACUUUCCAUCUUUCUUGGAUAUCUUUCUUCACUUGCUUUGUGUCCACCUUUGCAGCUGCCCCACUUGUUCCCAUCAUUAGGGACAACCUCAAUUUGACCAAACAAGACAUUGGUAAUGCUGGGGUUGCUUCUGUUUCUGGGAGCAUAUUCUCUAGGCUUGCAAUGGGUGCAAUUUGUGACCUAUUGGGGCCUAGAUAUGGAUGUGCUUUCCUCAUCAUGCUUUCUGCUCCUACUGUCUUCUGCAUGUCGUUUAUAUCAUCUGCAGGAGGAUAUAUAGCAGUUCGAUUCAUGAUCGGAUUCUCCCUCGCUACGUUCGUGUCAUGCCAGUACUGGAUGAGCACCAUGUUCAACAGCAAGAUCAUUGGUCUUGUCAAUGGAACUGCAGCUGGGUGGGGUAACAUGGGUGGAGGAGCAACACAACUCAUAAUGCCUUUAGUUUAUGAAGUUAUUAGAAGAUGCGGCUCCACUCCAUUUACCGCAUGGAGGAUUGCAUUUUUCAUUCCUGGGUGGCUCAAUGUUAUUAUGGGUAUCGUGGUCUUAACCCUAGGCCAAGACUUGCCUGAUGGAAAUCUCAGUGCACUUCAGAAGAAGGGAGAGGUUGCCAAAGACAAAUUCUCCAAGGUGCUAUGGUAUGCAGUCACAAACUACAGAACAUGGGUCUUUGUCCUUCUUUAUGGCUACUCCAUGGGUGUUGAGUUGUCCACAGAUAACGUUGCAGCUGAGUAUUUCUAUGACAGGUUCAACCUCAAGAUCCACACUGCUGGAAUAAUUGCUGCUACCUUUGGAAUGGCCAACCUGGUGGCUCGUCCAUUUGGUGGAUUUGCAUCUGAUUAUGCAGCCAGAUACUAUGGCAUGAGAGGCAGACUAUGGGUGCUGUGGAUUCUCCAAACACUUGGAGGAGCAUUCUGUAUCUGGCUGGGACGUGCCAAUUCUCUUCCAAUAGCUAUUUUGGCAAUGAUUCUCUUCUCCAUAGGAGCUCAAGCAGCAUGUGGUGCAACAUUUGGAAUCAUUCCAUUUAUAUCAAGGCGAUCUUUAGGCAUCAUAUCAGGCUUGACUGGUGCAGGUGGGAACUUUGGAUCAGGCCUUACCCAGUUAAUCUUCUUUUCAACUUCAAGAUUCUCCACUGCAGCUGGUCUGUCCUGGAUGGGAGUCAUGAUUAUUGCUUGUACACUUCCUGUGACAGUGGUUCACUUUCCACAGUGGGGGAGCAUGUUCCUUCCACCCUCAAAGGAUGUUGUUAAAUAUACUGAGGAGUAUUAUUACACUGCAGAAUGGACUGAAGCAGAAAAGCAGAAGGGAAUGCAUCAGCACAGCCUCAAAUUUGCAGAAAACAGCCGCUCUGAGCGAGGCAAGCGGGUUGCUUCUGCUCCCACACCACCUACUUCCACACCAGCACAUGUUUAGUUUCGAGAAAAAUGCAUCUCACUCAAUCCAAUAAAGAGGAGGGUGUCUAUCGGUAUAUGUAAUCGUUUUGUUUGUUUUACCAUAACCCUUCUGUUUGGAUGCUUAGAUGCAUCAAAAUCUUAAUCCAUAUGGAUUAUGAGGUUCAGGAAUCAUAGAAGUAGAUCCCAAUGCAUGUGUGAGGUUCUAUCUGGCCUCAAGUUAUCCAUUAAUAGAUUCUGUUAUUAGAGAA